UGAAGCCUAGAAUUCUUUUAGUUUUACUUCAGACUUUGUUGAAAAAUAUAUCCAGAUAAAAAUGUAUCUACAAGUCAAAUUUAUUCUAGUUUUUCUCUUAUCAUCGUAUAUUAUUGCUUCAGAAAUCGAAUCAGUGAGAAUUCACGUCGGCCUGGAUGCAAAUUCAGCUCAAACAUUCAAGAAAGUUCAAAAUUCCACCGAUUCUAGCAAAAAGUUGGAAUCUUUGCAGGUGAUUCUGAGUGGGAACGCCACAAUUUCAAGCGAAAACAAGACAUUCAAAGUGGGUUUUUUCUCCCUGAAUGACGAAUUUUGGUAUUUCGGGAUUUGGUAUGCUUCAAUCCCGAUUCCGGCGUAUAUCUGGGUUGCAAACCGCGAAAAUCCCAUCAAGAACUUACCGUUAGCAGCUGCGGAGAUCACUGGCGACGGUAAGUUGGCCGUAGUAGACCAAGAUUCAAGGAACAUCGUGUGGGAAUCGAACAAUGUCGAAGAAGGAAGUGAUUUGAGGCUGUUAGAGCAAGGGGAUUUGCUGCUGUUGAGCAGCGACGGCCGGAUUGUGUGGCGGAGCUUCGAUUUUCCGACGGACACGUGGCUUCCCGGUAUGAAUUUGACGGCGGAGCGGCAGCUGACUGCUUGGAGGAGCUCAGUCGAUCCUGCUCUGGGCAGGUAUUCUCUGCGGCUGAAUCCACCUUAUUAUGGUGAACUUGCACUUGUUUAUAGUAGUAAUAAUAAUGAUAUUAGUGUUGGUAUGAACAAUCCUUUUACGUAUUGGACUACUGGAAAUUGGAGUGGAAAUGCAUUUGCUGGUGUGCCUCAAAUGACGAUUCCAUACAUAUAUAAGUUUAACUUCGUAGACCCUUUUACUCCAAUGGCAACAUUCGGGUACACGGAGGUGCCCUUGGAGAGUGGGCUUCCGUUGACGAGGUUCGUCCUUGAUCAUAUGGGGCAGCUGAAGCAGUUUACAUGGUCCCAACAGAGUCAAGUGUGGAACACUUUUUGGUCUCAGCCUGAUAAUAUCUGUAGAGUUUAUGCAUUGUGUGGGAAUUUGGGGCAGUGUAAUGGAAACCCUUUGAGUCCUUGUCAAUGCUUUAAUGGUUUUAAGCCGUUGAGUAGUGUUUCGUGGGGUAAGGAUGAUUUUGCAGAGGGUUGUUUGCGGGAAGAUGAUGCUAGUUGUAGUGGGAAUGAUGAGUUUCAGAAGGUUGGAGGUGUGACCUAUGACAGGACAAUGGUUGUGUCGUUCAGUGGGAGUAGGAGUGAGUGUGAGAGUGCGUGCUUGAAGAAUUGUUCUUGCGUAGGUUUGUAUCAUAAUUCAGAUAGUAACUCGUGCAAGAAUUUGUAUGGUUCGCUUCUGAACUUGCGUAAUUAUACUUCUGAUAAUACAAUGAGGGAUAACGUGUAUGUGAGGGUGGAGUCCAGGGGCGGUGGCAAAAACAAGAAGAGCAAGGAGACGGCUCUUUUGAUCGGAAUGAUAUGUGGGAUUCUUGUGAUUUUGAGUGUGGGAACCGUACACUUGUACUUGAGAAGGAGAAAGACUAUGAGGAGGAAGGGAGAAGAUGACAGUGGGUUUCAAGUUUCGAAUCUAAGGGUGUUCUCCUAUAAAGAGCUUCAUGCUGCAACUAGGGGUUUCUCGGUGAAGCUAGGUCAUGGAGGGUUCGGAGCAGUUUUUCAAGGUGUGCUGUCGAAUUCUGCUGCCGUGGCUGUGAAGAGGUUAGAAAGGCCUGGUGGCGGUGAGAAGGAAUUCAGAGCAGAGGUGUGCACUAUAGGAAACAUUCAGCAUGUUAAUCUGGUGAGGCUAAGAGGAUUUUGUUCUGAAAGCUCUCAUCGUCUCUUGGUUUACGACUAUAUGCCAAAUGGACCUCUUAGCAUGUACCUGAAACACACUAGUCAGAGUCUGAGUUGGGAUGUAAGGUUUAGGAUUGCUGUUGGGACAGCAAGGGGUAUUGCUUAUUUACAUGAAGGGUGUCGAAACUGCAUUAUACACUGUGAUAUAAAGCCCGAGAACAUCCUAUUAGAUGAAGAUUUCUCAGCGAAGGUGUCGGAUUUUGGGUUGGCUAAGUUGAUUGGCAGAGACUUUAGCAGGGUUUUGGCAACCAUGCGAGGUACAUGGGGGUAUGUUGCACCAGAGUGGAUCUCUGGUGUUGCAAUCACAUCGAAAGCUGAUGUGUAUAGCUAUGGAAUGACAUUAUUGGAGCUGAUAGGUGGCAGGCGCAAUGUGGAGGGGCCACCUUCUGCCGGUGGAGGCGGAGAGAAUGAGAAAGAGAAGUGGUUUUUCCCUCCCUGGGCGGCACGCCAGAUUAUUGAAGGAAAUGUUGCAGCAGUCGUUGAUAAGAGGCUUUCCCAUGUGUAUAACGAGGCCGAGGCAAUGCGUCUUGGCUUAGUUGCCGUUUGGUGCAUACAGGAUGAUGAAUCUACUAGGCCUUCGAUGGGGAUGGUAGUGAAAAUGCUGGAAGGUGUGGUGGAGGUGACCGUUCCACCGCCUCCGAAGCUGCUGCAAGCAUUAGUAUCCGGUGAGUCCUUUCAAGGCGUCCUGCCUGAUUCCGGAAGAAGGGUUCCACAGCAGGAUGCUGGCAGUUUUGGUGCUAACACCACGAUCUCCAUGGACUCGAAAGAUUCCAAAUCGUCACAAUAAUUUCUCCUUUUUGUGUUAGCAUAGGUUGAGAAUCAACCUACUGAUAACAAUUUGAAGAUGUGCUUAUCAAGGUUCAUUGCUUAACUAGGGCUUAUCCAUUUAUGCUUGAAAGACUCGAUCGUUCUUUCAAUGGUGAAGCAGGGCCGACCCUUUACCACUGGUGUCACAUAGGAUGAACUACAAUCUUCAAGAAGCUGGUGAGACAUGCUGUGAACAUGGCGACGACAACGAUAACUACCUGCAGAUGGAGAGAUGGUAGACUAGUAUUUUGACAGGAAAAUACUAUCAUGCAGGAGGGAAAAUUUCAAAGAUAUUUGGGUUACGGAAAAUGCUGGAGGAGCAGCAUUGAACAGCAAUGGCUCACCCUCUG